GGAAGAAAGCCCAGUCUGCGCAGAGGGGCGGGUUUUGGGGGCGCUAGGCGGGUCGGUCUUGGCCGACCCGCGGGUCAUCUGGAGCUUGUCCUAGUUAGGUGCUGGCCUGCCGCACUCCGGCAGCUCUGGCUGAGUCUGCGCGAUGGGCGACCCGGAAAGGCCGGAAGCGGGCAUGCCCGAGCAGGAUGAGAGGUUAUCUUCAGAUACCAACGAAAAGGAAGUGAAAGCUAAUGAAGAGCCACUCCUAAGAAAGAGUUCUCGCCGAUUUGUCAUUUUUCCAAUCCAGUACCCUGAUAUUUGGAAAAUGUAUAAACAGGCACAGGCAUCCUUCUGGACAGCAGAAGAGGUUGACUUAUCAAAGGAUCUCCCUCACUGGAACAAGCUUAAAUCAGAUGAGAAGUAUUUUAUCUCUCACAUCUUAGCCUUUUUUGCAGCCAGUGAUGGAAUUGUAAAUGAAAAUUUGGUGGAGCGCUUUAGUCAGGAGGUGCAGGUUCCAGAGGCUCGCUGUUUCUAUGGUUUUCAGAUUCUCAUCGAGAAUGUUCACUCAGAGAUGUACAGUUUGCUAAUAGAUACUUACAUCAGAGAUCCCAAGAAAAGGGAAUUUUUAUUUAAUGCAAUUGAAACAAUGCCAUAUGUUAAGAAAAAAGCAGAUUGGGCUCUGCGAUGGAUAGCAGAUAGAAAGUCUACUUUUGGGGAAAGAGUGGUGGCCUUUGCUGCUGUGGAAGGAAUUUUCUUCUCAGGAUCUUUUGCUGCUAUAUUCUGGUUAAAGAAGAGAGGUCUCAUGCCUGGGCUCACAUUUUCCAAUGAACUGAUCAGCAGAGAUGAAGGACUUCACUGUGACUUUGCUUGCCUAAUGUUUCAGUACUUAGUAAAUAAGCCUUCAGAAGAAAGAGUGAGGGAGAUCAUUGUUAAUGCUGUCAAAAUUGAGCAGGAGUUUUUAACAGAAGCCUUGCCAGUUGGCCUCAUUGGGAUGAACUGUGUUUUGAUGAAACAGUAUAUUGAGUUUGUAGCUGACAGAUUACUUGUGGAACUGGGAUUCUCAAAGAUUUUUCAGGCAGAAAAUCCCUUUGAUUUUAUGGAAAACAUUUCUUUAGAAGGGAAAACAAAUUUCUUUGAGAAACGAGUUUCAGAGUAUCAGCGUUUUGCCGUUAUGGCAGAAACCACAGAUAAUGUCUUCACUUUGGAUGCAGAUUUUUAAAACCUUCUUCUAUUUAAAGACCCUGUAGCCUUCAUUGCAUGAAGAAUCAUGGCCUGGAAGGACUUAAAAAGACAGUUUGACCCAGUGCUUUCAGACAGGGCUGGAUUUUGCUGUCCAAUUAUAUACAGUAAUUAACAAUUACUUAUACAAUAAAAGUGUACCUCAACCAUGUUUUAUUAAAUAAAAAUUUUAUAGUCAUUUUAUUUUGGAAUAUCCAGAUUAUUCUGUUUCUUUUGCCAUUUUUUUUUCAUUUGUACAUGGAAAAAGUGAUUACUGAAAAAAAGAUUGUGGUAUGUAUAUUUAAAAAAAUAAGUUAUUUAAUUUUCAGAAUUUUGCAUAUUGCAUUUAAGUAUGAUAACAUCACUGUCAUAGGAUUUCCAGAUUUCCUUUGUACAGCUUAAGUAAGAGAUAAAUGUCAUGAAUGCUGAUGGGCUGCAUGAAAGCCAAAUCAAACCUAUAUUCAAGUAUCAAGAUUUUCAACCAGGUUGAGUGAAUGGGUGGCCAACUCAGCAGAUUCUGAAUGAGUAGCAUAGAAAUGAAAUCCUUUUUUCACCAUUUCCCUUUAAGUGGUCUGCUCAUUUGUAAACUGCUGAAGGUUUGAAGAAUAUUCUUAGGACCUUAGGAGAGAGGAUUUAAUCAUUGAAUUCUGUAAAAGAAAAUAUAUGUAAAAGUGGAAGAUCAGAGAAUGAUUCUUUUGUACAGUUAAGUAAAUUCACAGUAUUCUUAAUUUAUGAACUUAACUAUUUUACAACUAUAUGUAGAUUUUUAAAAAAUCAUUCAGCAAAAUUAUUUAGCAUCUACUCUCUGUAUAGAAAUCUUUAUAAGAUGGGCUAUAACAAUUUGUUUUUUGGUAAAAUACAUUAUGGUCACUUAAACCAACCCCACAUGUACAGAAUUCAUAUUUUUUUCAAAGAAAGAAAUUGUUAAUUUUUGGUUUAGUAUGUUAAAAUAAACUAUCAUUGCUACAUCA